GGCCGCGCUGGCGCCACCCGCCAGAAGCGCGCAGCCGACCGACCAGGAUGGCAGCGGGGCCCACCCCAUCCGCCACGGCGGCGUCGUUCCGGCCGCCGAUCCCGCCGCCGCCGCCGUGCUUCGACUACCGCGCGGCCGUGCUCGCCGACACGCGCGCCGCCGCCGCAGGUAACCCGGCGCUGGCCGGGCUGGUCGAGUCCGGCGCGCUCGUGCGCGUCCCGCGGCGGCGUUUCGGCCCGGUCCCGGCGUGGCGCCCGCCGGACUUCGUGGAGCCCGAGGAGGUCUGGAUCCUCGGCACCUCGCACCUCUCCCCGGAGUCCGUCGCCGACGUCGAGCGCGUCCUCCGCGCCGUCCAGCCCGACAACGUCGUCGUCGAGCUCUGCCGGAGCAGAGCUGGGAUUAUGUACGUGUCCGAUGCUUCCGAUGAGCCGCUCUUGAAGUCCAACAUGUUCUCUCUCGGUGGCGCCAAGUUUUUCGGAGCAGUCAACCGAAGCAUCAACCUGGGUGGACAGAGUGCUCUAGCUCUGCGUUUGCUCCUCGCUGUUUUCUCUUCAAAGAUCUCUUCCGGCGCGAAUCGGCCAUUCGGAGAGGAGUUUCGAGCAGCUAGGAAGGUGUCUGAAGAUAUCGGAGCUCAGCUUGUUCUUGGGGAUCGUCCAAUUGAAAUAACUCUUGAACGAGCAUGGAAAUCCCUCACCUGGGAUCAAAAGACAAAUCUAGUAAUUUCAUUGUUCCGUGGAAUUACUGCAACAACCGACACGCCGGAUGGGAAAACUGCUGUCAGCCCAUACGAGCUAUAUGAGAAACUGAGCACAUCAUAUCCUUCACUGCUGCAACCUCUCAUACAUGAACGCGACAUGUUCCUUGCAUGGUCACUGAAGAGGAGCAAAGCAGUGAACAAGAGCAAAACUGUCGUCGGAGUCGUAGGGAAGGGGCACAUGAAUGGCAUCGUGUACGCGUUGAUAUCUGAUCAAGGGGACUUGAAGUUCCGCGACCUUGUCGGUAGAGAAUCAUCUGAUACAUGGGUUACCUCACUCAUCAAGGGCCUGGUCAGGGACACCAUAAUAGGAUUGGUUCUCUGGGCUUUGUAUGAACAGCUGCAGGCUGUGCUAUAGACAUUUCACACUUUCACAUUUCACACAGAAUCACCUAGCUCAACCAGCAGGAAUUGGAAACUACAACAGUACUGAAUAUUUUUUUUAAGUGCAAUGCAGCAAUACAUAACUUUUCUUUACUGUCA